UUUUUUGCUCUAUAUAUGCCUGAUUUUAUUUUUUUACCUGGCCAUUUUUGUCUGCACAUUCCAUUGAGCUACAAAUUCCUGCUUGUCAUUGAUCGAAGUACUCUUUUCAUCUUAUAUUCAUCUCAGGUGUUCUCCACUGCAGCUGACAAUCAGACCCAGGUAGGUGUCCGUGUCCUCCAGGGCGAGCGUGAGAUGGCUUCCGACAACAAACUCCUUGGCGAAUUCGAGCUUGUUGGCAUUCCUCCAGCACCGCGAGGCUUGCCCCAGAUCGAGGUGACGUUCGACAUCGAUGCAAAUGGAAUUGUAACCGUCUCAGCCAAAGAUAAGGCGACCGGAAAGGAGCAGCAGAUCACCAUUCGGUCCUCCGGCGGCCUUUCGGAAGACGAGAUUGAGAAGAUGGUUAAGGAGGCCGAGUUGCACUCACAGAAAGAUAAGGAGCGAAAAUCCCUCAUCGACCUCAGGAACAGCGCCGACA